CUUGAUGGUUUUUUAUCUUCUUCGUUUGUGUCCUCAACUCGUGUGGUUUGUAGCCGUAGAGACUCGCUCUUGUCUCAUCUCUCUUCAUCGCGAGUCUCUGAAUCGAUUGGGUAAUCUCUUUGGUUUCAUCCUCAAAUUAUUGGAUUUCCGAUCGAUUGUGUGAAGAAUCUGUCGGCUUGAUUGGCUGGGGUUUCUCGAGUUGAUUGCGAUUUCAGGGAGAGAAUAUUUAGGGUUUCGGAUCUUGUUUCAAUUUCCAAGUAAUUUGAGGAGAUUUUAAUAUGGCUAACUCUGAGAAGCAACGAUCUGUUGAUGACCGUGAGACUGAUGGUGCGGAUUGGGUGGAUCGAGCCAACGAUGAUUGCUUUGAUGAUUCGAGUAGUGGUGAGGCCUCCGGGAGCGGAACAUGUGGGAAUUCGGGAGGUUCGAGAGAUGGAGAUGGUUCUGGUGGUGUCGGGGUUGGGCUGACGGAGCGCUUGACAAAUAUACUUGUGGACGAAGGGGAUGGAGAUCUGUUGCUUCAACAGAGCGAUACGGGAGAUAGGGUUAUGCAGUUUCUCCAGGCAUUGGAUUUGCAAGUUAUGGGGGCAUGUCGCGCCGAUGAGCGGCUAAAGCCUUUGCUAAAGCUCAAUAUGUCCAAUGGUGCUUCGGAAGAUCGCCUGUUGGCUCAUCUAAGUCAGCACUUUGAGCCAUCAGAAGUUGGUAUGCUAGCUAGGUGCUUGUGCAUUCCGCUUGUUUCAAUUCGUGUUGGGAAGAUCAACAAGCAAGGGACUCUCUUGUGCCCAACUGGGACAAGGGGGAAUUUGAAUCUCUCGCUUUUGCCAACAUCUGAUUUGUGCAUCUCAUUCAUUGGGGAUGAUGGUCAUACAGAGAGAUUAUCAACCUUUCGUAGUGAUUCUCCAUUCUGUGCUGUAACAGUUGAAGGAAUACCGGAAGACAAGUCUGGACGGUCUUUCCUGAUGAAGAUCCCAGAUGGUCAGGUUUUCUAUUUUUGGUGCUCAGAGAAGUCAAUACUCCUUGGGAAUGAGUUGCUUAGAAAGAUGAAGGAUCUACUUAAGAGGAAGCCCUCUCUUGCUGAACUGACUGGAAUUAGUGAGUCACGCCUUGACUGUUUUGCGACUCAUCUCCGGGCUUACCUUGCUGGGUCUACUGUGAAUAACACCCGGGCAAGUUCGGUUGCUGCUCCGACCCUUUCCUUGGAUAGCUUAUCAGAUUCUUCUGAGCUUUGUCAGACUGCUCAAUUUUUGUCCCCAUCAUCAAAGCCUUUGCGUUCCCGACACUUUGGAUGUCAAGCAGGAAAGAGUAAUUCACUCUAUCAGGGCGGCCUCAGUCCAAGAUCAAGUUCCUUUAAAGAGGGCCUUCUCAGAAACUCAACUUCCUUGAAAAGUGUUACCCGAGAAAAGCUGAGGAGACGUGGGGACAUCCAAUUUUCAGUUGUUGAUAACCUGCCUGUUGCUUCUUCACCAGUAAGCACCAUGGAUGCAUCUGGUUCAAAUCUUUCUGGAAAGGAUAAACAUCCAGAAGCUACUGGAAUGGGCUUAUUCUCUCCAAAUUUGUUGGAAUCACUUGGCAAGUCUGGUACACCACCCUUUUUAUGCCCAGGAUCUCAAGAACCUUCAAUGGACUCAUCCCUUUUUUCUCCCUAUUAUUGUUGGUGCCCUCCUAUGGCAUCAACUUUUCAAUACACAGUAAAACCUCCACAACUGCCUAUGUCAUUCACUGAAUCACUAUCUCUACCUCCACUUUCUUCUUUACUACCAGCUACAAGGUCUUCUAGUGUGUUGACACCAAUAUCACCUCUUAAUGUGUCUGAUCUUCCCCCUAUGGAUUUUCCUACGUUGCUGCCUGAGCCACUGGUCAGGUUGCCACUAUCUAGAUCAAGUUCACCCCAGAUCCUAACAUUCACACCUCUAAUGUGUGACCCUAUUGUUCAUAUUCCAGUCAUUGAUGUUUGUUCCUCCGGCCAAGGCUACCUUGUGAGUGCAGGUCCUGCUAUCUCGACCAGCAUUCCACCGUUACACCCAAAACUUGUGAAUCCAUUGAUUCCAGAAUCUGAUUCUGUUGUUGAAAAGGGUGCAAGAGAAACUCUGCGUCUGCUCAUCAGUUCUAGCCAGACCAACCCUCAGCUGAUGGAUGUAUUUCCGUCUGUUAUGACCAGUACAGAGGAGAAGAAACACAGCAUUGUUGCUACUGGGAGCCGGGGUCUUUACAUUGGUGCCAGUGAUGUUGGUGCUGUUGCAAGCAGCAUUGCUGCCAUGGGAGGAUUGGUUUCGCUAUCGGAGAAAUCGAUAGGAGGUAGUGUGAUGAAGAGAUGCAUCAUCAGCCAAGGCAAUUUGGUGGAUCAAUUAGAGAAAUCAGGUGGUCCAGGCGGAUCGCGUACCGACGAUGAGGGUUCCACCUCAAAAUGGAGGGAAGAUAGGGCCGACUGAUGAGGGGGUUCUGCGUUUGGUUUUUUUUUUUCUUUUUGUUUUUGGGGGUUUUGUUUUGUAGAUUCAAUUUUUUAUUCCUGAAAAUGUAGAUAUAUGGCUGUAGUUUUGGGUGUUCUGAGCUGUAAUUAUCCUAUAAAUUCAGCCUUUCGUUGGCAGUGUUUACUUGUAGUUGGUACAUGUUCUGUGUCUCGUUUGGUCCUGCACUUUGGUUGCUUUUUCGCAAUGUAUUUUAUGUUAUGUU